UGAACGAACGCCAAACAGCGCUUCACUUUAAACUAUUCAAACAGCUUGUAACUGCGCAGAAGCUGUACACGGAGUUAUCAGUUGGCUUUUACGCUUCCUAGCUCAAGAUCAAACGGGAUUUUAUAAAGCUGUACCAGAUGAAUUCUAUCUACAAGAAGAACACCGCGCUCAGGUGUUCAAAAAGAUAAGGACUAUACCUCCGUCUCUCCGUAGAAACUCAAGAGACAUUUUAUUGGAUUCGUUGUUUUGAGUUGAACUCAAAGUUCUUUUUGGACAGUUUGGAGCAAGCAGUGACCUCAUCAAUUGUGUCUUUUGGACUUCACCGGAUGCACCAUGCUUUUGGACAGUCUUUGGGCAGUCCAGAUUCUACUGGCCCUAUCUGUCCCAACAUUGGGUUCGGACCGCGACCCCCAAAAUGCGCCCCGUGUCUUCUUGUCCUUUAAAGAUCUAAAGUCUACAGAAACAGCACAUUAUUUCUCUUUCCUGUUGAACACAUCAGACUAUCGUAUUUUACGCAUGGAUGAGGAUCAUGACCGCAUGUACGUGGGCAGCAAAGACUACAUUCUGUCCUUAGAUCUCCACGACAUCAACCACGAGCCCCUCAUAAUACACUGGCCUGUUUCCACACAAAGGAAGACUGAGUGUGUGUUAAGUGGCAAAGACACAAAUGGCGAGUGUGGUAAUUUCAUCCGUCUGAUUGAGCCGUGGAACAGGACACACUUGUAUGUGUGCGGAACAGGAGCCUACAACCCUGUGUGCACCUAUGUUAACCGAGGACGCAAGCCCAUGACGGCUAUGCAUCUGCAGAUGCCCCAGACCAGAGGAAGAACUAGUCGUGCGGCUGAACCUGAAGUAGUGUUUGAUGACACAGGACUACAGGAAUACGUGUUCCAUUUGGAGCCUGGCAAGGAGGAUUCAGGAAAGGGAAAGUGCCCAUAUGACCCAAAGCUGAACAGCGUCUCUGCUUUAAUCAAUGGAGAGCUGUAUGCAGGUGUGUAUAUUGACUUCAUGGGGACGGACUCUGCUAUUUUUCGAACUUUGGGGAAAAACACAAUCAUGCGUACUGACCAAUACAACUCAAGAUGGCUGAAUGACCCCUCGUUUGUCCAUAUACAACUUAUUCCUGACAGCAAUGAGAAAAACGAUGACAAACUCUACUUUUUCUUCCGUGAAAAGUCUUCAGAGAUUGGUCAGAGCCCCAAAUCGCAGUCCCGCAUCGGUCGAAUCUGUCUGAAUGAUGAUGGGGGACACUGCUGUUUGGUCAACAAGUGGAGCACCUUCCUGAAAGCUCGCCUCAUCUGCUCAGUCCCGGGUGCCGAUGGGAUAGAAACACAUUUCGAUGAGCUCCGGGAUGUGUACAUACAACCCACGCAGGACACUAAAAAUCCGGUCAUCUAUGGGGUCUUCUCUGUUUCUGGCUCUGUAUUCAAAGGCUCGGCGGUCUGCGUCUACUCCAUGGCGGACAUUCGGAUGGUGUUCAAUGGACCAUUUGCCCACAAAGAAGGCCCUAAUUAUCAGUGGGUGGCCUACACUGGCAAAAUCCCUUACCCUCGCCCAGGAACCUGUCCUGGUGGGACUUUCACCCCUAACAUGAAGUCCACAAAGGACUACCCCGACGAGGUCAUCAACUUCAUGAGGAACCAUCCCACCAUGUACAACGCUGUGUAUCCAGUGCACAAGCGCCCCCUGGUGGUCAGGACCAACGUCGACUACGAGUUCACCACCAUCACGGUGGACCAGGUGACUGCGGCUGACGGCAACUACGAGGUGCUCUUCUUGGGUACAGACAGAGGUACAGUGCAUAAAGUGAUUGUCCUGCCUAAAGAUGACCUGCAGACAGAGGAACUUGUGUUGGAAGAAGUGGAGGUCUUUAAGGUCCCUACUCCCAUCACUACUAUGAAGAUUUCUUCAAAACGGCAACAACUGUAUGUGGCGUCUGAUCUAGGCGUGACUCACCUGGCCCUGCACAGGUGUGAUGUCUACGGUGAGGCAUGUGCAGACUGUUGCCUGGCCAGGGACCCUUACUGUGCCUGGGAUGGCAAGUCCUGCUCUCGGUACUCUGCAUCGCAGAAGAGACGCAGUCGACGACAGGAUGUGAAGUACGGAAACCCCAUACGGCAAUGCAGAGGAUACAAUUCUAAUGUCAAUAAGAACACGCUGGAGACCGUGCAAUAUGGGGUUGAGGGCAGCAGCACGUUUUUGGAAUGCCAGGCCAGAUCUCCUCAUGCGGCCAUCAAAUGGCACCUCCACAGAGACAACAGCGAUAGGAGGAGAGAGGUUCGCACCGAUGGGCGUGUGUUGAAGACAGACCAAGGCUUACUACUCCGAUCUCUCCAAUCCUCUGAUUCUGGCAUCUAUGUCUGCACAGCCACAGAGAAGAACUUCAAGCACACCUUGGUUAAACUUCAGCUGGUGGUUCUGACCAACCAGGCCGUCAACAACAUCAUGGUGGAAUCAGGACGCCCGGUCGUCUCUUCACUCCAGUCCAGCACCUGGACCCCCAGCACCGGACAAUACAAAGACCUUCUUAACAUCCUCAGUCAGCCAGAGAUGGGCCUCAUAAACCAGUACUGCCAGGACUAUUGGCAGUAUGGAGACCCAUUGACAGGAGUCAUCAAGGCUAAAGACCUCAAAGAACUGAAGGAACAGAAGAAACCGCGGAAUCGUAGACAUCAUGGAGACGAAGAGGAGACAUGAGGGGUUUAUGCCUUUUGGCCGCAACCAACCUAAUAGGAAAGACUUUCUUAAAAGUUCUAAAAGAGGAAAACCUGGAAAAAAGGAAAAACAUCCACCAACUGAAACUGAACUUUGCGAAAAAAACAUACAGAAUUCCCUUUUAACACAUAAAGAUGAUAUCACACAGUAUUUAUUGUAGGUUGUAUAUAGUACCAUUCUGUGGAUUUCUUUGUACUUAAGAAAAAAAAGAAUGCCCUUUAUGAAUAAGUACCUAACGGGCAAAUAUUAUUGUAAUAUUUUUAUUGCCAAAACUACAAUGAAACAAAAUAAAUCUCCAAUUUUCAUCUUUUAGGAAUUGACGACUAUUGUGUAAAUUGACAUAAACUCCAUAGACAAUGAACUAAGUUGAUCUGAGAAGAGUAAGGGAAGAGCGAGUGGCCCGAAGAUUCUCUUGCCCUUUGGACUCUAUGCAUGGAAAGACAUUUGGAAAAUGCGAGGUAGGAGGCACUAUUAGUCCCACCCUUCCAAGUGCAUUCUGGUCCCUCAUUGGUUACAAUGAUACACCAGCUCAUAUUGUCUUCCCUGAUGUCAUUAUAUGCACAGCACAUCUGUUUUCAUUGCACAAACUUUUAAAGGUAAUCAAGUGUCAUGGCACAAUUUUUUUGUGACAUGAAUGGACAGAAAUGUAAAACAGCUGCUUGAGGGCUCUUAGUUAGCUUUUGUUUAUUUUUUUGCCACUUUUGAAAAGACUAAAAGCACAAUCCAUCUCGCAUCGUCAUGAUGUCACAUUUCAAGAAUGAAUAAUUGGGUGAAUCUCACAAAAACAUGUCCAAGUAUCAUUUCACCAAAAAAUAAAUCUCUCUUUCAUAUAUAUAUAUAUAUAUAUAUAUAUUAUGUGAAGAAAAUCAAAGCUUUCAGGACCAUAAAGAAUUUUUGCACUGUGAUUUGAUAAUACUGUACAAUUUAAGCCUCCACGCCAAGUUAAGGUAACGUGUAAUAUUUUUGUAAACUGUUUGAGACUUUUUGUUUAUUUUUACCAAAUUUGCAUCAAACAUAUACUAACAUUAUAUAUAUAUAUAUAUAUAUAU